AGAACAUCGCCGGGGCAUUCCUGAAUUAAUCCAGGCUGCGCUUCAGAGAAGAGAACAAGAGACAGGUGUAACUGGGUGGGAAAAAACCCACCAUGCUAGUGAAGCUUUUGCUCAUCUGUAAUACAAUAGGGUUGGCAAAGCUGGUCAAACACUCAGACCAUCAUGGACAUCAUGAUGAUUCAGUGCACAAGCCACGAGUUUAUGAGACCUCUGUGUACCCCCAGAGGACUCCUCUGUCACACGAGGAAGAAGGUUAUUGGGAGGCAGAAGGGCUCAGGGACGAUACUCAAGAUUACCCUUCAAGUAUGAUCUCCUCACGUCAGGAAGAGAGAGAGGAUUUUGAAGCUGCGAGCCCACAGUCCCGAAACGGGAACUGGUGUUCCUUCAUGCAGUCCCGGCUGGUAACAUACAUAGAAGCCUGCAUGAAGGAGAAGUACAUUGUCAACUCCCAACAGCCCUGUCUAAACGGAGCACCAGACUGCCAGAAGAUCAUGUACAGGACAGCUCUGAAGCCGGUCUAUCAAGUGAAACAGAAGGUUUUGAAGUCUCUGCAGUGGAAAUGCUGCCCUGGAUUUAUUGGCAAGGACUGUGAACAGCGUGAUCCCCAUUUUAUUCUGGUGCCAGGAAGUCAAACUGAAGGACGGGGAGAAGAGGAGUUCUCAAACCACAUGUCAACAUCUGUGGAUUCAAGAGAAAUGUUGGAAGUCAUUCAAAAUCAUGAGGCAUUACUGGAUGAUCUUCAAAGUGAUAUUCAUCAAGCAGUCAGCAACUUAGGUGACUUACAGAGAAUAUUUGAAAACAACGGUACAAGCAUGGUGUUAGAAGUGAACCAGAGCAAUUCAGAUCUACAGGAAAGGCUUCUGCAGCAAGUUUUGUUUCCCCAUGUGGAGAAUUUUCUAAGGAAACAUUUUAACCCAAUGUGGGCAAGCUUCAACAGAAGCUUACAGAACCUCUCGAACAUGGUAAGAAACCUGUCCCGUGAUGUGGAAGCCAACAAGAAAAGCAUAGAAAGAUUCCAAGAGAGCACUGUGCCCAAGAAGGAAUUCCAGGAGCUGGGAACUAAGUUUGAAUCAAAAGUCCAAGAAAACGUGGUGAAAGUUGAUCAGGUGAAAAGAGAUAUAGAGAAGCAAUUGCAAAUGCAGCAGGCUAGUAUUCACUAUAAUCUCACCGCGAUCAAGGCAGAUACUGACACAAAGCUCAAGAAGUUUCAUAAGAUACAGCAGUCCCAUUUCUUAGCCUUGAACAACAGCAUAGCAAACAUGAAACAAGAGCAAAACAAUCUUGAAAAUAAAUUUGAGACUUUGAAAAAAAAUUUAACAGAACUCUCUUCACAUCAUGGUCCCAAAGAUGAAAAUACCCAGUUAACCAUCAGACAAAUAAACGACAUUCUGGCAGGGCAUGCAAAGCAGCUUAAAGAACUUUACAUGGAGUCAGAUGUGGCCUUUCAGAAUAUUGCAGUUUUAGAGAGGUGGUUUAAGGAGUUGAAAAAAAAUAUCUCAAAGUAUAGGCCAGAAGAUCUUACAAUAACUUUAAUGGAGAAAUCACUUAUUAUGGAAGAAAACAAAGCAGCAAUGGAAAGGCAGAUAUCAGAGCUCAACUACACUCUCUCAAAUCUUCGGGAAAACUAUUCAGAUCUGUUGAGGUACAUGGAGGAAUGUAAUUGCCAGAGAAUAUCUUCUGACACUGAUGUACUGGAGGAAGAUUUAAAGAAUAUCACUUAUUCCCUUGAAGGCACCCAAUCAAACUUAAAGGAUAUGAAGCACUUAGAGUCAGUUUUCAGAGAUCUCUUGAGGAAUGAAAUUGAAGAGCUCUCCUCAGCUUUUCCAUCUAUCCAUCAGUCCCUUAAUCUCCGUCAAGAAGAAAAUAGGCAGCUUCAGUCACAAGUUAUGGUUUUUUCAGAAGACAUAGGCUUCUUGAAGAAGAAAGAUGAAGAAAUUCAUCGACACAUCAAGUACCUCAACAGUUCUUUUGGCUCUCUUUUGGAAGAUGCCAUGCGGCACGAAGCAGCACUGGAGGCUUUACUGGGAGAAGAAUUUAUGGAAGUGUUGUUUGAAGAAGAUCCUAGUAUUCUAAUAUCAUCAGUAUUUCAGCUGCAAGAGUCUUUCAGACAUAUCUCAGAUAAACUCCAAGAACAAAAUGUGACUUUAGAAUCUCUUAUAAAGAGAUUUCAUCUCUUGGAGAGAGGUCAACAGAAUAAUCAUGAUGCUCGUACAUCUCCUAAGCAUCCCAAAGAAGAAACACAAACAUCCUCUACUCUAGAUGACGUUAGUAGUCAACGCAGCAUAGUAGAACAUAUGGAACCUAACUAUGAGGCUGCCAAAGAUGACUCCUUGGAUAGCUCAGCUUACAAUGAUAUCAUGACUCUGAAGAAUGAUAUCAAACACCUGAGCCUGGCAAUCAAGAGGCAUGAAUCCAGAAGUAACAUGAAUCUCUGCUGCAAUCAUACAAUAGCAAAUGCAAUUGAGCCACUCAACAUUUCUGUGGAAAUUCUCUCAGCAGAUUUAGUAACCAUCAAGCGGAAGCUGGAGGAACACCUGCUGAUUUUUAAAAAGCUAUUUGGAAGCAAUGAAGAAUUAGCUGCCUCAAAUAUAAGUCUGGAUGUUACAAAGAUUCAGUCAAUGCUGACCAGAAAAGUGAGAAGGCAACAGAAAGGUCAAGACAAGCAAAGAGACAAGAAAAAGCCUGAGAAGCACAGAGAAAAUAUGCAAAUGAUAAGCGGAAGAAAUACGGUGCAGACAGAACUUUUGGAAAAAGACUCAUUGGUGGCAUUCCAUGUGGGAUUCUCAGAAGGAAAGGAUAAAGAAAAAACUCUGAGGUUUAAUGAAACUUAUCUCAAUUAUGGAAACAGCUAUUUCCCUGAACAUGGCUACUUUAAAGCACCGCAUAAAGGCGUCUACCUGUUUGUCAUCUCUGUGGAGUUUAGUUCAGGACCAGCAUUAGGACAACUCUCCUUUAGCCGUGGGUACAAAAAAACUCUCUCAAGUAGUCAGAGGAAAACACCAAAUGGAAACACCAUGACUACUUUUGCUAUGGCAGAAAUGGAGAAGGGGGAGAAAGUAUGCUUUGAAUUGCUGCAGGGCUCUGUAGUGAAACGGAGUCCACCUGGGACAACAAUGGGUGGAUUCUUAAUAUUUAAAACUUGAAUAGUGACAUUUUGUUUUGUUGAUAUCUUUCCAUAGAUGCAAUGGAUCAAUUCACUAUUGCUUCAUCUGUGAUGUAUUCAAUCCUACUGCAUGUGUUUAAACAUAGCACUACCCUAGAUUUGUCUUCAUGCUUCUUUUCUGGAAGUGUUUGGCUUUUGAUUAGUUGCUUAUGAGCAGCAAUGGUAUUUUCUUUCAAGCGGUGAGCUAAUGGUUUGGAGUCCAAAUGUAUCAGCACACACAUUCCCAAACUCUUCCACUGUGAGAAUUGCACCUAAUUAGAAAAAAUGUUUUGUGGGACUUUCUUCACUUAGAACACAAAAUUUCUCCUUUCCCAUGGCAAAUACCCCCACCACUGGCAAGGAAAAGAUUUUAGGAAGGACUGUAUAUAUCAACUCUCAUAUUUUGUGAAUAGUAGCUUAAAACCAAGCAGCCAGGACAAUUUUACCUUUUAGUUCUCUGUAGACCACAGGCAGUCACAGACUGUCUUGGAAACUUCCGCAACCCAACUCCAAUUCAAUGUUUCAGUCUGUGCACAACAUGAACACGAGAAGAGAUCGAUCAAACCCAGUAAGAUGCACCCUACGCAAGUAUUCCUCAGCAAGGAUCUUAGAAAUGGCCCGGUCUUUUUGCUUCUGGGCCUGUGUUGUAUUUCAACUACACUGCAAAAAUUUAGGAGUAACAUAACAUUGUUAACGUAAAUUACAUCUACAUUUAGACAUCAGGAAAAUGUCAACAAUAUUCAAAAAAUAUCGGUGAAAAUGCAGUUUAUUUCUAAAGAUAAUCCUGAAGAAUAUCGUGAAUUCAGCCCAGAGUUCAGCAUUUAGUAAACAGUUUAAAACCAAGCAAGCAAGCAAAUAAAAAUAACAGCAAAAAGGAGAGCUCAUUGGUCUGCUGUCAUUGUUGGACAUAAAAUAAAUUUGUAAUUAGAGUAAACCAAAAAGUAGAAAUUCUGAACUGUGGCCUUUUUUGAAUUUCCAAAAUCUCAAGAUGACCACGUCUGGUCAUGUCCUAAACUUUUCUUCUGUCAAAUAAAAAUAUCCCAAAGGCUUUCAUUUCAAAGAAGUUCAAUUAUUGUAGUAUUUUUCCUUGUCUAUCCUAAUGCCUUACAAAACAGUAUUAAAACAAUUACAUUUACCAAAAAUGAAAUGCAUUUAGAAAUUCCCAAUAUUUAGGAUGAAAGAGGUAAAUUCUUAUUAUGUAUUUUAUGCCCUUUUAAGGUAGCAUUUUCUAACAAAUCUAUCCUGCUGUUAAGGGGUUUUCUCCCCACCCACUUGUAUUCUAAGCAACACUAAACUAAAAAAUUAUUAAAAACCACAUCGGUACCAAUACACAUUGCACUUAAGACAACAGUUUGACAAGCAGACAAUAUGUACCUUUUGAAAUAAAGCUACAAAUCAGUUUUGGCUACUGACUUGCUGAGAAGGUUGUUCUUCUCCAUCCCAAAAAAUCCAACAAAGCAAAUGACUAAAAAUGAUCUCCCAUCUACUCCUAGCCAAUGCCGAUUUUCACAGGAGAUUAACGGGCCAAGCCUCCCCAUUUAUCUAGCACGGAGCCACAUCUUGCACUGCUCUGCGGCAGGCAGUACAAAGCGCCCGCAAGCUCAGCGUCAUUUUCUGUCCCACAGAUUGCUCAAAUAUCUGAGGGAAGGAAGAGGAGAAAAAUUUGAAGAGGUGCAAUGUCAAACAGGAAGAAAAGCAUCAAAUUGUAAGAUUGGGUUCUUUCGGUACAAAGCUGCUGUCCUGUAGUGACCCAGACGUUUUUACCGGUGCUCCUCCAAUUAUGGGCUUUUGUGGUGGCAGCGUUCUGCAGGGCCAAGCCAAGCGUGCUGCCCAGGUCUGGGUAGCUCAGGGAACACCCCAUCUUCGGUGCACACCAAUUCUGCAGCUACCAGCUAAGUUCCACAAUUAAAUACAGACAGGGGAUAUAUAUAUUUAAAACCACUUCGCUUGUUUUUAAAGCUUUGACAGAAAGCUUCAGCUGGAACAAAAACCAUACAGCUACUUGGAAAAGGACAUGGCAGGUAGUAGAUAGGAUAGCAGCUCAUCCAGACAGGACUUUUAAAGGUUUGGCAUCCUUGUGCUUACCAGAGUUUACUUUUGUUGAAGAAUAAACCAGGCAAGUUCACAGAUCAUCCAGAGUGAACACAAUGUUAAUAUAAAGAUGUUUUCAUAUUUGUAUUCUUCAAAUAUGUGCUUAAGUUAGCCACCUGCAUAUACAAAGAAGACAUGCUUGACUGGAACACACUCAUUUUUAGACUAUGACGCAAAAAAAUAACAAAAGAUAAUGGAUUAAAACAUUCUAUUGGCUGCAUAAGCCAGGACGCCUGACUUGCUUCUCAGGUGACACGAGAAAAGAUGAUUAAGCUACUGGGUUGUGUUGUGGAUUUUUUUUUUUUUAAAAUGAAUACAUUAGCUUUUUAAUAAACUUGCAUCUAAACCACCUCUCAAGUACAAGCAAACUAUUUUACUGCUGGUAUAAAUUUCUCUAACCACCCCACCCCCAAACACUUGUUUUGUUGCUCAUGUUUUUUUGGGGGGUUGGUUUGUUGGUUAUUUUGUAAGAUUAACACAGCCCCAUCACCAUGACCUGCAUUUUUAGGCAACAGACUACUGAAGGAAACCAUUUUAAUGAAGAGACAGCAGACUCCAGAUUAGGACCUAAAGGAAAGAAAAAUUUGGCACAAAAAUGGCAAGAGGACAAGGAUGAUUAAUUGACAAUUUUAAAAAAAUAGCUAUUGGUUGGCUCAGUGGAUUAAGAAUAGGGGAUUUUCAAACAUGAAAAACAAACUGAAGCUGACCGUAGGCAUUAGGAAAAUAGAGUUGUCUGCAAGAACAGACAAGUUGCCUCAGUUUAUCUCAUAGCAGACCACCUAGACCAGCAUGCCUGAUGGCAGUUUCAGCCAAGCACCAAUAGGCACAGAAACAUGUAUGCUCACUCCAAGGUAUAGAUGUAUACAUCUCGUCAACCUGAGCCUCAUAUUUAAAAAAAAAAAGCUUCCAACUUCUCUUAGUACUUCCCAGAAGUCCGGUAACUGCCAGAAAAUGUUGCCGAUAGCUCAGGUUUCUGGAUUUCCAGAUCAAACCACUAAGCUUUAUAAAAUUAUAAAAAAGCUGUGCAUCUUAAUGCCUUCGCAUAAUUAUUUUGUUACUGAAACUUUUACUGCUUUAUGAAUGUCGGUAUCUUAUAGUGCUUUACAUUUUAAAAUUAAAGUCUCCUAAU